AUGUCCACGAUCAGGGAUCUGGACACACGAAGUGUGGCGAAGAUGUUCAAGAUCACGAAAUCAGCCAUACGCAAAUGCAACCAGCUUGUGGACACGACCGCGGAAACAGCCGGAAGAGGGAUCACCUCUGUUCAAGCUCGCUUUCGCUUGAAGGAAUCUAUCGAAAAGUACUGGAUCGCAGAGUGUGACCACCAUUUCGAUGUCUACCUGGAAGGUCGUCUACGGUCGCCCAAGCACCUAUCCCUGGUACCCAGCGACAGCUCAAAACCGUCGUAUGAUAUCUAUUUCAAAGAUGCAAAAUCCAUCAGGGUAGACCGAAAGGACGGCGAGACACUUGCGAAUGCGACCAUAUGCGCUGGAACUAUCGGGUCCUUGAUCCCUGAUGGUACUAAUCGUUUGGGGGCCUACAUGAUUGAUAUCAUACCGGACAUGCUGACAUCGGAUCGUCCUCUCUCUCUCUCUCCUGCUCCACACUGUCCGUUUCAGUGGUUCGUGUGGACACGUGCUGAACUAGGCAUGUUCGACGGGAUGGUGCAUAACGUUGGUCUGCUGUUCGGCCCCAAUGCCGCAUUAAAUCCAUGGGCGGGCUUCCAUAACAAAAUGCCGAAGAUUGCAAUACACAAGAGGAGUAAGGUGGGAAUAUUAAAGGUCGCCAAGGGUGACAUGAGGCCAGAGGUGGAAGACAUUGUCGUAGCGACCUGCAUGGCCGUGUUGAAAGAAGGGGAGCCUGGCUGGAAGAGACUGGGUGGCUGGUCCUCACCAUAUCAACGCAGUGCUGCAUUCUACUGCACUCUGCCAACCCCAGGGGUAAAACGUAACCAUUUGUUCCACAUCCAGUACCCAUCUGAACAUCGCCCCGUCCUUAUUAUGAUGAUACGCUUGAGUUGUGUUCCGGCGCAUGGCCAAGAUGUUUCCAGGCUCACAACUAAGGAUGGAACUGCUGUCGACGUCGGUGCGUACGGGCCUACCACGUACCUCGACGCCGUUGUCGGUGAGAGAGCCGCUCGUGAUUUGGCUAAGUCUCGUGACUCCCACGUUUCAUCGCCUAUGUUCAGCUAUAAAGCUUCAAGAAUCCUCCGGCCAUACGGCCAGCAUGAGGGGCUUUGUGGGUCGUUGGGUUCAAAACAGGAGACUCCAUCGCGUUAUGUGGCACCAUCAACAGGAACGGGAAAGUCCUUUCAUGGUCUGGGCCGGUGGAGGAAGUUGUUGACAGUUCGCGUUCAACAGGCCACAUUCCUGGGGAUUGUGAGGAAGACGACGACGAAGAUGCUCUAUGUGCGGAGUGUUCAUCCACGAAUAUGGUGCUCAUCAUCACCAUCCACUUCCGCGACACGUUUUCUCUAUUCCGAGAGUCUGAAAACUUUUGUUGUCAUGCUACUACGGCAUCCGGGACUUCCCGUAGAUGUAGUAGAUCCGCUUCAUAUAGUGCUGACAAUUAUUAUCACCAUUCAGUAUCGCUCCCGCCAGUCCAAACUUCCAACACAUGAUCGUGCGGAAAGCAAUGUUUCAGUAUCGCCCCAGUAAUCCACUCCCUCCGAAAUCCAUUUUGGGGGAUAAACGCGAUUUUUGCAAUCCCAACCACAGCCCCAACCAUGGGUCGGUAUCGCGCACGAGUCUGAUCCGCCGCAGAUGCCCUCCCAUACGAUAGUCUUCAUCGAGUUUUCGAUCCCGGCCCAGAUCCUAACCAUGAGGCAUUCACCGUGUAUCUCAC